AUGGUAUCUUCUGCCUCUGAGGCUGAAGUCGUCUUUAAUAGGGCUAAUGUGGCAUUGGCACGAAGCCAACGCUUAAUUGCUUCCUGGUUGCCUCCAAAAUCCGAAGCAGAUAUUGCGAACGAGAAGACGGAAGAAGAGCUUCGAAAGGAGGAAGAUGCAAUAUUCACUCCGGUUCCAGAGAAACUUGGACUGGGUGCUCCAUUGCCGGACAAACAGGCUGACGGGAGUUGGAAUCGCCUAGAACUUAGCUCCAAUGACAAAUUAAGAAAGCAACUGUUAGGCAAAAAUGCCAAAACCAUGGUUUCUCGGAAAAGUAACAUAAAGCAGACAAAACAACCAAAUAAAUUACAAGAAGUACCGCAAUCAGACACGGACGAGGAGGAAAGCCGAUCGUCAUUGGGCAUGCGAAACAAAAAGGGAAUAUCACGUCCAGUGAAAGGCGUUGAUGCCGGUAAAACGGAUACUGGUCAAGUAGGGAGGGCAACUUCAAACAAGAAGAGAACCAGUAGUUAUUUAGACGAAAUUCUGUCCUCAAGGUCGAAAAAGAAGAAACAAAAACGCAAUGGAGACUGA